GGCCGCCCCAUGGGCCGGAAGGAGGCGGCGGCCGGCGCCGAGAGGGUCCUGGAGAUGGACGUGAAGCUGGGCCAGGUGACCCUGCGCAACCCCCGGGCCGCCCCCGGCGAGCUGGCCAAGACCUUCACCUUCGACGCCGUGUACGACGCCAGCUCCAGGCAGGCCGACCUGUACGACGAGAGCGUCCGGCCCCUGAUCGACUCCGUCCUGCAGGGCUUCAACGGCACCAUCCUCGCCUACGGCCAGACGGGCACGGGCAAGACCUACACCAUGCAGGGGGCCUGGGCCGACCCCGAGAAGCGCGGGGUCAUCCCCAGCUCCUUCGAGCACGUCUUCACCCACAUCUCGCGCUCCCACAACCAGCAGUACCUGGUGCGGGCCUCCUACCUGGAGAUCUACCAGGAGGAGAUCCGGGACCUCCUGGCGAAGGACCAGAGCAAGAAGCUGGAGCUGAAGGAGAACCCGGAGACGGGCGUCUACAUCAAAGACCUCUCCUCCUUCGUGGAGCACGUCAUGAACCUGGGCAGCCAGGCCCGGGCGGUGGGCAGCACCAACAUGAACGAGCACAGCUCGCGCUCCCACGCCAUCUUCGCCAUCACGGUGGAGUGCAGCCAGGCCGGCCCGGACGGGGAGGACCACAUCCGCGUGGGCAAGCUCAACCUGGUGGACUUGGCAGGCAGCGAGCGCCAGAGCAAAAUGGGGGGGCCCGGGGAGCGGCCCAAGGAGGCCUCCAAGAUUAACCUCUCCCUCUCGGCGCUGGGCAACGUCAUCUCGGCGCUGGUGGACGGCAAGAGCACCCACGUGCCCUACAGAGACUCCAAGCUGACCCGGCUCCUGCAGGACUCCCUGGGCGGCAACGCCAAGACCCUCAUGGUGGCCACCCUGGGCCCCGCCUCGCACAGCUACGAGGAGAGCCUGUCCACGCUGC